AGUAUAAAAGACGUUGACAGUCCCUCAGCUCAACACAUUCGAAGUCUGUCUCCCUAUCCAGCGACACCAGUCGAAGAAGCCAACUCCACACCAAAAUGUUCAAAUUGUUCGUUCUCGCUGCUCUUUUGGCCGUGGCCGCCGCGAAGCCCGGUCACCUGGCUGCUGCUCCUCUCGUCUACAGCGCUCCCGCCACCACCACCGUCGUCCAGGAGCCCGUUCUGGCCAAAGUGGGUGCCGUUGUGAAGAGCGUGCCCACCGCCGUGUCCCACCAGAGCCUGACCCAGGUGCACAGCACCCCCGUGGUGGAGGAUGUGGUGGCUCCCGUGGUCAAGACCACCGCUGUCCACUCCGCCCCCGUGUUGGCCGCCGCACCCAUUGUGAAGACUGUGGCUCCCGUCGCCUACUCUGCUCCUCUGGCCUACUCCGCCCCGGUGGCCUACUCCUCGUACGCUGCUCCUCUGACCUAUUCCGCACCGGUGGCCUACUCCGCACCCCUCUCCUACGCCGCCCCCGCUCCCCUGCUGCACCACGCCCCCCUUGCCUACGCCGCUGGCGCCUGGUAAUGUGGUGAGGAUCGAAAGAGUUUGAACUAGUUGAAAA